AUGUUGCGCGUGCCGGGAUCUUCUGGUGACUCAAGAUUUCACCGUGAGUCCCGAGAUGAAGAUGUUAAGAUCAAGACUGAACCUGGGAUUGGAGCUUCAGCGGAAUAUGGAUCGCCACAGACGCGCGAAGAGAAAGGAUGCCAAGAUCAUCCUAGUUUUGGGAGGGGAUUUGAUGACAAGAAAGUCAAAGAGGAAGAUCACCAAGCUGAUCUGGAAGAAAAACCACAAACCCCUCCUAGGUCCCUUCGGGGACCACCGCGGAUCGUGCUGCAAAGCACGAUCUGCCAGAUGGAAAUCCUUCAGUAA